AUGCCUGGAAAAGCUAAGAGGGUUUUGAGAAAGUGCAUUUUAUUUGCCACAAAACAUGGGGUGAAGGAGUUGGAUUUGGACUUUUGUGAUCCGAUGUUGGAUUAUUAUUUUACUAUUGAUUAUAUUAAUCAAGUAGCUUUGUUUGAAUUGCCAGCACAUGUUUAUGACCACACUUGUCUCGAAUCUUUGAAAUUGUUUUCAUGUAGCUUUCUUGAGGCAAAGUUGCUUAACUUUAAUGCACUCAAGGAAAUUUCUUUGGGUUGGAUGGAAGUGAAGCUCACUACUAUUAAGACCUUGUUGUCUAGUUGCAAGGCACUUGAGAGUUUAAGUCUGAAGAGGUGUUGGAACUCAGAUGAUUUUGAUUUAGGGGAGGAGAACCUGAAGUUGAGAAAGUUGGUUGUGGAUAGAUGCAUGUUCAGAUCCAAUAGUAUAUAUUUUACCGUCAAUGCUUCAAACUUAAGAUAUUUCUAUUAUUCUGGGUUAAAUAAUAACUCUUUGGUCAUAGACGUGCGUUCUCUUGUGUUGGAAGAGGAGGUUCUCGAGUUCUGCAUUGAGUUCGAAGGACAUGCUCUUUUUCUCUACAAACUGGUGGAAGGUAUCUCUGGUAUUAGUGUUUUGACUGUGGGCAAUUACUUCCUUCAGGUUAUUCCCACUGGAGGUUGUUUUCUCCGAAUGCCACGUCGCUUCAACGUGAAAAGUUUGAUAAUGAUGACCUCUCUAGAUCAAAAUGAGUUUUUAGGAAUCACAUUCCUACUUAAUAGCUGUCCUGAAUUAGAGCAUCUCACUAUCAAUUUAGGUCUCCCAAAUAAAUUUUUGGAUUAUGAGUUACCUGCCAACUUUAAUCUCAAGAAGUUUUGGACUGAUUAUGCAAGAGCUUAUAAUUGCAUGGUAUAUACUCUUAGAGAAGUGGAGAUUAAAGGCUUUAAAGGAUCAAUAAAUGAGAUUCAUGUGCUUAACUAUUUCAUCACCACCGGAAGAGUCUUGAGAAAGAUGACUAUCAACAUAUCCAAUGAUUCUAUUGCAUAUCAAGAUGGGGAGUUCGAAACUUACCGCUGUGAUAUGAUAGAAAUGUUAAUGAUUCAAAGGGCCUCAAUAAAUUUAGAGAUUUCAAUUUUUUAA